AGGGUACUGUCGCAUAUAAAACAGAGGGCCACUCGCUCGACGCUUUGCAAACGAUCACAAAAUGUGCAGCAUUGUGUAUGAUGCGGAAGUGGCCGCUCCGCCCAAGCAUCUGGAUGUGGCCUUCUUUGAGGAGGUGCUGGAGACAGCGCUGCGCACGGCCAGGGUCGAGCUGCUGAGCAUUCACAUUCGAAUGGGCAGCAGCACCGGCGAGAACUACUGCAGUCAGAUCUAUCGGACAAAGGUGGCGUAUAGGCUGCCCGGCCAGGCGGACCAGCACAUGAUGUUCAUUGUGAAGAGCAUACCGCGGGUGGAGUCCGUAGAGUUUAUUGAGGAUCUGCAGGUCUACCUGAAGGAGAAGAUCACCUAUCACGAUGUGCUGCCACGCCUGGAGCUGCUCAUGCAAUGCAAGCGGCGCUUUGGCCCCAAACUCUUUCAGUGCCUUAAGCAGCCGGAGAACACGCUGGUGUUCGAGGACCUCGGCCACUUGGGCUUUGUGAUGGCCUGCCGCGAAUCGGGCCUGAAUGAGGAGCACUGCCGCUUGGUUAUGGAACGUCUGGCCGAGUUCCACGCCACUUCCAUGGCGCUGGCAGUGCUGGAUCCGCACAUCUUUGAGUCCUACAGCGAUGGUAUGCUGUCGCCCAACGGCCUGGCCAAGGACGAUGGCCUUCUGAUGCGCUUCUUUGCGGGCAACGGCGAGGAGCUGCACACCGUGGUGAGCACCUGGCCGGGCUACGAGCGCAUUGCCGAAAAGAUUGCCAAAUACAUGAAAAAUCAGCGCGCGAAUCUGGUGCGCAGCCAGGCGCUGCAGGACCAGGAGAUCCGGGUGCUCAACCACGGCGACCUGUGGGUGAACAAUCUACUCUUCAAGUACGACAACGCCAAGCGGCCGCAGGACCUGAUCCUCAUUGACUUCCAGCUGAGCAUCUGGGGCAGCCCGGGCAUCGAUCUGAACUACUUUUUCUACACCAGCCUCAGUCUGGAGGUGCUGCGACACAAGCGGCCCCAGCUUCUGCGCAUCUACCACACGCGCCUGUCAGAGACGCUUCUAAACCUCGACUUGGGCAUCCCUGUGCCCAGCUACGAGCAAAUACUGGAGGAGGUGCACCGCCGCGAGUGCUAUGGAUUCUUUGCCAGCUAUGGCAUAUUCCCCACCGUCAGCCAGGACAAGUCCCAGACGGCAGACAAUAACUUGGAGAACUUCACCGACGCCGACUUUGCCAAGCAGAAGGUGCGUCAAAUGUUCGAGUCGCCGCGUUUGCGGGAGACUUUGCGACACACUUUGCCGCAUUUUGAGCGAGCGGGGGUCUUGGACUAACAUAAUAAUCCGCACUUACUUGUUACUUGCGCUUAGCUUAAAUUGAAGUUAA